AUGACUUAUCCGUGGCCAACUACUCCAAUUCAACGAUGCAAAAAACGAUUUAAACCGGAAUGCGAUCCAAACCAAUCAUUUCUGAUCAGCGAAGAUAAAGAAAAUAUCAAUCCGGAAUGGGAUGAACGAGAAUUACACGAUACCCAAAUGUUAACCGACAAAAACGUGAUUCCGGAUAACGAAAACCAAAUGAUUGAUCUAGAAAAUCAAUCGGAUAAGCGUUAUCUUGGACUCAAUUUAAAGAAUGUACGAUCCCGGACAGCGGAAAUGACAGAUGAUUUUCCAUUUGACAGAGGNGAGGAGGUGACAAGUUUCACAAAAAAUUAUAACUCCGAUAAUCAUCCCUCACCCAUGUGGCCGGCUAUUGAAGUUGAACAGUUAGCAACCUGGCUGAAGAGAUUGGCUCAGUCUGAGCAAACGGAAAGAGUGAAUUCUUCUAGUCGUGAACAUACUCCGAGGUACGAAGAUAGUGCUGACAGUUCCCCGUACGAAUCGCCAUCUUCUUCCUCUUCCGAUUCACCAAGCCCUCAGUCUUCAGACGGGGAGAAUAAACGGAUCCCUAGACUAGAUGAAACACUCAUCCGGACGCAAAGACGCAGCAAAAAGUCAUCCUCGAGAUCACCGGUAGCUUAUGAUUGUUUGAAUAGUAUCAAGGAUUCCAUUGACCACACCCCCAGACAAAAUCGUAUGAUCAUAGUUGAUUGUCGUUAUCCCUAUGAAUAUGACGGUGGACAUAUUAUCGGAGCAAUUAAUCUGGCCGAGUGGCCAAAACUUCGUCAUUUUCUAUUUGGUCGUACGAAUAAGGAGUGCAUGUCUGAAGAUCAAACAUUCGAACCGCAAGAACAAGAAAAACAACCUCGAGUCAGUCGUACUAUUUUCAUUCUACACUGUGAAUUCUCAUCUCAUCGUGCACCGCGAAUGUUCCAACUCUUAAGAGAUCAUGACCGAUUGGUACAUCUUACUCAUUAUCCGACUUUGCGGUACCCCAAAGUCUACGUCCUCCGGGGUGGUUAUGCAGCAUUCUAUGCCCGCUAUCCGGAACUGUGCGUUCCAUCGGCCUAUUUAAAAAUGCACAGCAGACCGGAUUUAUUGUCUCAAUGGCACCGACACUGUAGUAUAGUCAAUCGCAAAGAUGCAGAUUACUAUAGCGCACGAAAACCCAAUUCCCAUAAGUUAUCUAUCGUGAAAAACAUUCCUCUGUUUACUGUGAUCAACUUUUCUCCGCCAUUCGCGUCCUAA